CUCUCUCUCUAGUCUGAAAUUGCAUUAACUAAUAAGAAUUGAGUCUUUGUGUCUGUGUAAACAUAUAUAAACUAACGAGUGAACGCUAAUUAAUAAUUUCACUUAACUAGUUGGCUAAAAAUGCAACUAAGCAUGUGCGAUAAUGAAGAAGAACUUUAUCGGGAACGCUUGCCAAAUGUGUGUGACGCCAUGGGUUCGAAGGCAAGGAAUUGCUGUAGUUUAAAAAGUGUUUAUCGCUUUCUACCCGUCACCGGAUGGUUGCCCAAAUAUCAAUUGAAAUAUCUUCUAAUGGACUUCGUGGCCGGAUUGACUGUAGGCCUGACAGCCAUACCCCAAGCCAUAGCCUACGGAGCUGUGGCGAAUCUCCCACCAGUUUACGGUUUAUAUUCUGCUUUUAUAGGUGGAUUUGUCUAUAUACUUUUUGGUACCUGCAAGGACAUAACAGUGGGUCCCACAGCCAUUAUGGCAUUGAUGGUUAGGCCAUACGUUACUGGUAAUCCAGAUUACGCGGUACUUUUGUGUUUCUUCUCUGGCUGUGUAAUCUUAUUGCUGGGUCUGCUUAAUCUUGGCGUACUCAUGCGCUUCAUUUCGGUUCCUGUGACGACAGGAUUUACCAUGGCCGGCGCUAUAACCAUUGGCAGUGGCCAAAUAAAUAAUCUAUUUGGCAUCAAAAGCAAUUCUAAUGAGUUUUUAGCAUCUUGGAUUAACUUUUUUAGUCAUAUAAAACAGACACGACUUAAUGAUGCAAUUUUAGGUUGUUCUACAUUGAUUCUAUUGCUAAUCAUGCGGAAACUAAAGGAUUUGCAUUGGGGAAAUCGCAGCGUAUGGAAAUAUAUAUCAUUGUCAAGAAAUGCGCUGGUCGUAUUCCUGGGCAUACUUUUGUGUUAUCUUCUGAGUAAAGGCCCAUCUACCGGAGAUUUGCCCUUUCAGGUUAGUGGUAAUAUAAGCGCUGGUUUGCCUCCAUUUCGUUUGCCACCAUUUCACACAGAGGACCUAUCAACUGGUCAAUGGAUAAGCUUUGGUGAAAUGAUUUCACAAUUGGGAUCGGGACUAAUAUCGAUACCCUUACUCUCCAUAUUGGAGAGCGUUGCUGUUGCAAAAGUAUUCUCCAAGGGAAAGGUCUUGAAUGCAUCACAGGAAAUGAUUGCAUUGGGUACUAGUAAUUUACUUAGUAGUUUCUUCUCAUCGAUGCCCAUUACGGGUUCAUUUACGCGUACAGCCAUAAAUAAUGCCAGUGGUGUUAAGACGCCAUUGGGUGGAGCGGUUACAGGAGCUCUAGUUCUAUUGACACUAGCGUUUCUGACAUCAACAUUUGCUUACUUACCAAAGGCCACAUUGGCGGCCAUCAUUAUAGCAGCCAUGUUGUUUAUGGUCGAGUACGAGACCAUCGCUGAGAUUUGGAGGGCCAAAAAACGCGAUAUGCUGCCAUUUCUUGUUACAGUUCUGAGUUGUGUAUUCUGGACAUUGGAGUAUGGCAUGGUGGUUGGAAUCAUAUUUAAUGCUUUUUUCAUACUAUACAAAAGCAUGAAGCCGCAAUUUCAAUUGGAAACCCAAAAGUACAAUGAUCUGGAACUGAGUGUAGCAGAGCUGAAGGGUAAUGUGGAUUAUUCGGCUGCUGAAUAUUUGAAAAUUGUCAUCGUCUCUCAUGUGACAAGUCAGGCGGGCGCCACUAAAUUGAUGGUGAUUCAGGGUAAUGAAAUUAGCUCUAUUGACGCUACUGUGGCAUUGAACUUGGUUUCGCUACGUGAAGAUCUGUCCCUGCUCAAGUGUGAGCUUAUUUGCUGGAACUGGAGCAUAGCAGCAGCUGGAGUAGUCUGUCGGCUAGACAAGACAGCCCGCAGCAUGUUCAAGUUUACAAAAAGUUUGCCCGAAUUAAUCGAGACAAUGGCAAAAAAACAAGACACGGAGGAAGAAGUAUGAGCGUAUCCGCUGAAACUGCCAAACUUUUCUGCCGGCUAGUCAAGCAAAAGAGUCUAUCCAUUAUUAUGCCAGCUGUGAAGUUUAAGUCAAUAAAAAUUUUUGGGUUUUUCACUUUUGCUUUAA